AUGCCGCCAGCAACGAAGAAAAUAUUUGUGUGCAACGCAGUGCUGCUGACCUUCCUCUGUGCGAGUAUUUGUCACGAGGUUGCAACAUUGGGGCAGAAAGAUUUGUGGUUAGAGUGCUCUUGUAUGUAUGCCAGCGAACGUAAUGCAACCAAUUGGGGCUAUAUUGCCAUUAACGGCAGCACUUUGCGUGGCGCCAAAAAUGAUUGCUACUUGAUUUUUAUCGCGGGAGGCAAUGAUGAGUUGGUCGCCUUUCGCUUUCAGACGCUGCAACUGUCCGGCGGGUAA